AUAAAUUGAAGCGGAGAAAAGAGAAGAGGAGAGUCAAGUGUUGAAAUUAGCAUAGAGAGCAGAGAGGGAGUGAGUGGUAUUGAGAAGCAGAGAAGAAAGAAAGCAAGAAUGGGUUGGAUCGGCGAGAGUGUGGAUUCCAUCAAAUCUCUUCAGAUCCGCCAGGUCCUCACCCAGGCCGUUAGCCUUGGCAUGAUUGUUACAUCUGCACUGAUAAUAUGGAAGGCAUUGAUGUGCAUCACUGGCAGUGAGUCUCCUGUUGUUGUUGUUCUUUCUGGAAGCAUGGAACCAGGAUUCAAGCGGGGAGACAUCUUAUUCUUGCACAUGAGUAAAGAUCCAAUUCGGGCAGGGGAGAUUGUUGUGUUCAAUGUGGAUGGACGUGAGAUUCCAAUUGUUCAUCGUGUGAUUAAGGUACAUGAAAGGGAAGAUACUGGGGAGGUUGAUGUUCUCACCAAGGGAGAUAACAAUUAUGGAGAUGACAGGCUACUGUAUGCUCAUGGUCAGCUUUGGCUGCAAAGGCACCACAUUAUGGGCAGAGCCGUUGGGUUCUUACCUUACGUGGGCUGGGUGACCAUUAUUAUGACUGAAAAGCCUAUUAUCAAGUAUAUUCUCAUUGGUGCUUUGGGGUUGCUCGUGAUAACAUCCAAAGAUUAAAUGAUGAAUCUAAAAUCAAACUGCGGUCUAACCUCCGAUGGUAGUGUGAGCAGAUGUCAUGCUUUUAUUGAAGGUGUCAUUUUGUACCAUUCUUAGUAUGGGGGACAAUAUAAUGUUGAGAAUUAAUGCAAAAUAGUUGAAUUUUGAUAUUUUCUUACCUUUUCCUAGUCAUUGAUGAGUUGAAAAUCCCCUUCCUUUAUUUGAAACCCCCCUUCCUUUAUAUUCUAUUUGGGUGCAGUUUAAGAUUAAUUAAGCCUUUAAAUUAGCCGUUCCUUGUACGUUGCUUAUCCACACUACCACUAUUGUGUGUUGCCAACAUAAAGGCCAUUUAUCUCUGUGACAAUUAUAAUACUAGAGGAAUAAAGACGUAAUUAAGCCUUUUUA